AUGGAUUUAUUUCAAAACAAACCCAGCACCAGCUCGACCAUUUCGAGCAACUUUUCGAAUGCUCAAAUGGAAUGCACAGCACGAGAAACCACAAAAGAGGACCUCUUAAAGAUUGGGCAAAAACGAGUAAACACUUCUUCCGAAAUUUGCCCAUCACGAUCAAAGCUUCGAGAGGCUCUCUCACUUAAAUCAUACGACUCGUCGAUAAAUCAAAGCAGCAAUAUCCAAAUCAAAUUCGACAAUGACGAGUAUAAGUUUUUGGUAUUAGAUCUUCAUCAACGUUUGGAAGCAAGAGAUCGAAUCAUUAAAGAUUUGAAAGAACAGCUUUUACAAAUCCGAACACAAAGAGACAGUUUCAAAUUGCUUUAUGAUGGAGCAAAAAUCGAAAAUCAGUUGCUAAAAGGGACAUCAAAGAAAUGGACGGAGAAUGAGAGGAGAAUCGAUUUGAUGAAACCGAGCGAAUCAUUGGAACAAAAUCCCGCGAAAAGCUCAUCGAAAGAGUACGAGAUUGGUGUAAAGCAACUAUUCACAAAUGAUCUCUUUGUUGUACCGAAAGAUGAAAGU